AUGGAAAGAGUGCCAAUCAGCCUGCCUCACGAGUAGGUGGAAACACGUGGCCAUGCCAUUAGCAUCCUGUGCUUCAGGACUUUCAUCUCUGACAUCUACGUAGUCCUUGCUUGGGAAUAGCAGCAUCAAGAGUGGCCUGGUGUUAGCACCUCUUCUGAUGAGCCACACACAAGAUUACUCCAGAACAGAAGGCAAGGCACAUAA